AUGUUGUGCAUUUUUUUGUUCUAAUUAGUAAUUGGACUAAGUGAACGUCCAAAAAAUAUUAGUGACUUGUCAAACUUACUCUAUGGUUUCGAAUAUAAAGGACUAUGGACAUCUUAGAAAAAAGAAUAAUAAUUUCAAUACUUGACAGUUGAAUAAGGAGAUGCUUAUAUGAUAUUCUUGCCAAACAAUACUUAAUAAGAUAAUAAUGGAGUGAUCGAUCGAUUUGAGUUUCAACUAUUGAAUCCAAAAUACUAAGAAUUGAGACAAGUUAUUGGUAUAUUUAAAUUGACAAAUUACUCUGACAGCGACAUGUAAUAAGUGAUUUAAUGUUAGUUCAUUCGAGAACAUCAGUACUUUGAACUACACAACAGCCUACAAAUUCAGAAGAAACUAUUAUUCAAAAGAGAAUUGUGAAAUAGCAUAUACUGUCAAUAUCGAAUUUUAAGAAGAAAAAUAUGAUAAGGAACAUGCUAAGAUCCAAGUACAUAUGAAGACUCAUAAUAAUUCUAUGGAUGCUCGUUGUGAUGUUGAUAUAUUAAUGGAUUUGAUGCUUGACACCACAAACAAUUUAUUAGUCAUUAUUAUGUAUUGUGCAAUGUCUGUGAUGAUAUGUUUUACGUAAUUCUUAUGCGUCACAAAACUUUGUAAAGCAUUACUUGAGAAUGAGGAAGACCCAAACAAAGUAAAUGUCUAAAACUUAUAUUAGAUCUCACUUUUUGCAGUGGGCUAUUUGACUAUACAAGAUUCCUAUAUAUGUUUGUAAAAUCUCUAUGAAGCAUUGAUUAAUUAUGUAAUAAAUUUUAUCAAUCCUAGCAAUAUUUCUAAUACUUCAUAUUACCUGCAUUCUUUUACUUCUUAUUGGCAACCACUUGUGAUAUGAAAUUAAUAUGGAUAGUUUGGAGAAGUCGACAUUUAGAAGAUCUAUUUGAUUAAUAAAGAAUGAGAAGGGCUAUAACUUACUUUUUUGCAUAAUUUUGUAAUAAUCUCUAACUUACUUUAGAUUUUAGCCUCAUCUUAUAUUUUAUAUUGAUGUACUUCUUUUUCACUUAUAAUUGGUUUAUUUGUUUAACUGGUUUAUGUCUACUACCAUAAAUAAUUCAUAACAUUCGACUUGGUAAUAACCCUAGAUUUAUCUCUUAUUUUGUUUUUGGUAUUUUGGUACCAAGUAUGAUUUAUCAAGUAUUUCAUUAUAAUAAUUUAGAUUUACAAUAGAGGAUGUCCAAGUAAUUUACGUGGUCUUGAACCUUCUUUAGCAUUUUGUAUGAUCUAUUUGAGUGAAUACUUGCUCUAGAUAAUUAUCCUAUAUAUCCAAUUCAAAUUAGGUCCAAGAUCUUUUAUUCCAAAAUGUUUCUUACCAAAACAAUACAAUUAUUAUAGAACACUUAAUAUAUAAGAAGAUCAUGUACUGAAAAUCUAAUCUUAUUUUCUAGGAAGAAUGUGCAAUCUGCUUAACUUCAUUGAUGGAAGAUCCAUUUGAUACACAAGCACCUACUUAAAAAUUAGUAAUCAAAUAAGCCAUGUAAACCCCUUGUAAUCAUUGGUUCCAUCCAUCUUGUCUACGUAGUUGGAUUGAUAUUAAAAUGCAGUGUCCCACAUGCCGUUCAGAGUUACCACCUCUAUUAGAAUGAA